UUGAAAAUUAAAAAAAAAAAACAUAACGAUGGCUUCGUCUUCAUCUUCUCGCUUCAAGAAACCUUCUUCUUCGGAAGCUAAACGCUUAACUAGUAGACAAGAGAAUGUCUUCAAGAAAGCUAGCGAGCUUUCAAUUCUCUGCGGAGUCGAAGUCUGCGUCAUAUACUAUGGAUCAUACGGAGAGCUCAAAACAUGGCCUGCAGACAGAGAGAAGGUCAAAGACAUGGCUCGAAGGUACAGUGAAUUAAGCGAGACGCAGCGAAGCAAAAAACAAUAUGAUCUUCGCAAGGUUCUUGAAAGUAUCAAGAAGGAUGAUGAGUCCAAGAAGAAAAAGACGAAGACGAAGAAGAGAGCGAAACUUGGAUCUCAUUACAAGUAUCCAGAUUGGGAUCCGAGGUUUGAUAAUUACUCUGCAGAAAAGCUCGAGGAGCUGAUUAUGUCCUUGGAACGUAGUCAGACCAUGAUGCAACGUAGGCUUGGAGCUGUUGUUGAAGCUCAAACACAGAAGAGGAAUAUGCAUUACACCAACAUGGCUCGUCAAGAACAGAUGAUGAUUCAACAACGUCCGAACCAAGCUUCCAUGGAUCUGUUUAACCCUAGGAUCAGUACUUUAUCGCAAAGCCAAGCCUCGACAUCAGCUUCUAACCAAGCGUAUUCUCUGGCUCCGGAUCCACUGACGAUAUACCAGGAUCCGUGUAUGGAGGAGAUGUACUCUAGGUUACUUGGGUCACAAGAAACUGGAAUGAAUGAGGUUUUUAACACGAGUAUGUUUCCCUACAACAGCUUCAACUCCAACUGUGUUAAUGUUCUCCCAAACCAGCUUUAUCAGAAUUGUUUCAAUGUGAACAAUCCCUAUGGGGUUCAAGAAACUGGGACUAAUGGGUUGCAGCAGAACAUGGACAUGUACGGCUACAACAGCAACACCAAUGGUUAUCCGCAUCAGCUUUUUCAAACACCAUCGGUUUAUCAGUACAUGGAUCGGUCAACACAGGAUGUCAAGCCUCUCUAUCAGAUUUGAUCUCUGUCAAUCUCUUAAAGAUUAUAGAAACAUAUUCUUAUAUAUAUACUUUGCAUGAUGAUGCAACUAUCAGUUU